AUGUCCGCAAAAUUAGAGCCUCAAUGGAUGGGACCAUAUUACAUUCAUGAUAUAGUUGGAUUCAAUAACUACAAAUUAAGAUCUAUUGAAGGACGAAUAGUCAAAGGAACUAUAUAUACAGUAAUCCUUACAAUUACAACAUUAUCACCUUUACUAUUGAUAUCCUCUCAAAAUGCAAGUACAAAGAUAAGAAUAUUCUUCCAACAUGCUCGAUGGCAAAUAACACUGAAUAAUAGAAAAGAAUCGUUAUUUUACCUUUAUCAUAUAGGACAAAUAAUUGAUGCAGAAUAUAUGACUCAAAAAGAUUCUACUUUAUCUAAACAAUAUUUUACCGUAUCAAAGAGAGUAUUUCUUAUAUUUGAAGAUAAUAUUGAGCAACUAAUGAGAAUUCAGAACACGACUAUAGUUUUACUUGCAAGAUUGAAAUUAAAUGACCUUAAUGAAUUAAUUCACUGGAGUUCAUUUUUAAAGAAGGGGGAUAUU